UCCGACCCCGGCCCCGCACCCCUCCGGGCCGACCCCGGACCCCGGCCCCCCCGGCCCCGGCCCCGGCAUGAGCGCCGCCGCCCACUCGCCUGUGAUGCAGGCGGCGUCCGGCAGCGGCGACCGCGACCCGCUGCCCCCCGGCUGGGAGAUCAAGGUCGACCCGCAGACCGGCUGGCCCUUCUUCGUGGACCACAACAGCCGCACCACCACGUGGAACGACCCGCGCGCGCCCCCCGAGGGCCCCAAGGAAACUCUGUCCUCUGCAAAUGGCCCCUCCCGGGAGGGCCCCCGGCUGCUGCCCGCCAGGGAGGGCCACGUGGUGUACCCGCAGCUCCGACCAGGCUACAUUGCCAUUCCCGUCCUGCACGAAGGCGCCGAGAGCCGGCCGCCGCACCACUUCUUUGCUGCUGCUCAGCCCGGGGCCCAGCGGUUCCGCACCGAGGCGGCCCCGGCCCCCCAGCGGUCCCAGUCCCCCCUGCAGGCCUCGGAGGCCGCCCCGCCGGACAAGCCGGGCGGACAGGCGGGAGCAGCUGCGGCAGCCCAGCCCCCCGCCGCCCACAGGCCCGAGCGAUCCCAGUCUCCGGCCACCUCGGACUGCUCCUCCUCCUCCUCCUCGGCCAGCCUGCCGCCCUCCUCCGGCAGGAGCAGCCUGGGCAGCCACCAGCUCCCGCGAGGCUACAUCCCCAUCCCCGUGAUCCACGAGCAGAACGUCGCCCGGCCGGCCGCCCAGGCCUUCCACCAGGCCCAGAAGACCCAUCUGCCCGCCCCGCAGGGGGAGUACCAGGCCCACCAGCCCGUGUACCACAAGGCGCAGGGGGACGAGGGGGAGCCCCGGCGGGCCGCCUCCCCGUUCCGGCCGCCCGGCCUGGGUGCGGCCAGCCGGGAGAGCUCUCCGGCCAGAGGCGGCCCCCCCCUGCACUCCCCGGCGCCCGUGCGGGUGCACACCGUGGUCAGCAGGCCGCAGCAGCCCAUGACCCAUCGAGAAGCUUCGUUUGUCCCACAGCCUGAAAACAGACCGGAAAGCAGGCCCGGCCCGGCAGGUUCAGACCUCCCUGCUGGACACAUCCCCAUCCAGGUGAUCCGGAAGGAGCCGGACUCCCAGCCUGCUGCUCAGAAGCCCCCGCCGCCUUCGGAGAAGGUGGAAGUAAAGGUUCCUCCUGCCCAGGCUCCCAGCCCCGCUCCCAGCCCCGCUCCGGCCCCCAGCCCCGCCCCUGCCGCAGUCCCCGCGUCCCCCAAGAAUGUGGCGGCAGCCCCCAGCCCUGCCCCCGCAGAAGCCACCCCCCAGAAGCCAGGAGCGGCUGCGGCCCCCCCCAAACACCCCGGCGUGCUGAAAGUGGAAGCCAUCCUGCAGAAGGUGCAGGGGCUGGAGCAGGCUGUGGACAGCUUCGAAGGCAAGAAGACGGACAAAAAGUACCUGAUGAUCGAAGAGUAUCUGACCAAAGAGCUGCUGGCUCUGGAUUCGGUAGACCCUGAAGGUCGCGCUGACGUCCGUCAGGCCAGGAGAGAUGGCGUCAGGAAGGUGCAGACCAUCCUGGAAAAACUUGAACAGAAGGCGAUCGAUGUCCCGGGUCAAGUCCAGGUUUACGAAUUCCAGCCCAGCUCCCUUGAAGGCGACCCGCCGCUGCAGGAAAUCAUGGGCGCCGUCGCCGCAGACCCGGGUAAGAAAAGCGCUGGAGAAGGGGAGGAGCCCAAAGCCGAAGCCCAGCAGCCAGAUGCCAGAGCCGCGGCCGCUCCGAACACUGGUAGCACGACAGACCCCGCUGGUGACCCAGCACCACCAUCUCAAUAAAGAGCCGCGCGGAGCCCGGGAACUGGGUGUGUGCGUUAGGGAGUUCUCAGUUGCAUGCAUUUCAGGGACUUUAAAUCAAUAGGUUUUUACUACUCAUCGCCGCUUGGUACGCAGAGACCUGGGUGGAGGCAGACAGUGAGAGGGUUAAAGGGAAAUGAUGCUUUUCUCCGGAUUCUUGUGCUGUACAAUAAAGAAGUUGCUUGUUUCAAAAGUUAGCAGCGCUUGUUGCUUCGGGGCCCGCCCUCCGCACGGGCCCACGUCAGCCAGGGUUUAACUGUCCUCCCGCAGCUCUGGACUGGAGGAGUUUGGGGAGGAGCAUAGAUGGGAAGGAAGUUUCCCAUCACAAGUAUGAAACCUGUUUUUCAGAAAUGUUGCCAUUUUAAAUGGGAUGAUUUUCUUCAUCUCGAAGCUAAAAUGCCUAAUUUAGAGCAAAAUGUGUAAGGAGCCGCAGGAAUUCUGUAUGUUGGAUGCCUUUACUGUUACAUUUUAAAAAAAGAAAAUAAAGUGAUAAUGUGA